CGGCCAGUAGGUGUCGUCGCACAAUCAGGAGUUUAUGGACGCGGCGCAGUCUGCAGCUCUUCGCUUUCUCUGUAAUGUGCCGGCAGCGCAGGAGGCGACGUGGAAAGCAGGAGGGACCAGGCGCUGUUACACUUCCCCUUGGAGAUGAAGCGAAGCUUUGGGCGUGAAAGUGAAUUAGCUCAGGGCACGUAAUCUGCUCCCCCAUCAUCUCCCGAUCUGAUCUCACCAUGGAUGGGCUCGUCGUUGUCUUCCUCAUCUCCCUGGCCAUGUUCCUGGGCUGCUUCUUGCUGGGCUUGAUCCCACUGGCAUUUAAACUUUCAGAGCAAAAUCUGCAAAUUGUGAGUGUGUUUGGCGCUGGGCUCCUGUGUGGGACGGCUCUGGCCAUAAUUAUCCCGGAAGGGGUGGAGCUGCUGGACGGGCCAGGCAAGGAAGGUCCAGUAAUCUGCCUGAACGUUACACAGAACCACACAGAGAUCAGCAAGACAAGUGAAGAUGCAGCAGAGAAAAGCUUCUCCGUCCCACCCCAUUUCUAUGUUGGGGUCUCCCUGGUGAUGGGAUUUAUUCUCAUGUUCAUUGUGGAUCAGAUUAGCAGUUAUUACUCCUACCACGAUCCCCGGACAGGAAUGUCAGCUGGUACCAGUAUAACUGCAACCCUGGGGCUGGUCAUUCAUGCAGCAGCUGAUGGUGUGGCCCUCGGAGCAGCAGUGGCCUCAUCCCAGGUGUCUGUACAAGUCAUUGUCUUCUUUGCAGUCAUUUUGCACAAGGCACCUGCUGCAUUUGGUCUGGUAUCGUUUCUCAUGCACGCCGGGUUAGAGAAGGCACAGAUUCGGAAGCACCUCUUGGCAUUUUCUCUGGCUGCGCCACUGCUCACCAUAACUACUUACCUCGUUCUCAGCCUGACUGAAGGGACGUCCCAGCACAGACUCGCCGCCACCGGAAACGGAAUGUUGUUCUCGGCGGGAACGUUCCUGUACGUGGCUACGGUCCACGUGUUACCUGAGAUUAAUGGGAGGGGUCACCAGCAUCAUCAUGUGGCCUCGGAAUACAGACAUCCAGGACUGGGCCUUCUGGAAAGUGUCAUUCUAGUGGUGGGAGCUGGCCUACCGCUUCUCCUUUCUCUGGGACUUCAUGACGGGUGAAAACAUCCUCACCUUUUCAUUAUUGUUGUACAUGGAACUGAAUAUGAAGUUGGUGGUCACUGAUUUGUUUACAGUCCAGAAAGCACAGAAAAUAAUGGACUGUAUAAGGAAUAGGUACCUAGUUAUGUAGCUGAGGUCUGGGGGUGAGUCUGUCACCUGGAUCACAUCCGGGCAGCACCCUACAAAGCACAUUCCUUGUUUGCUGUACCUUAUGUGUGCGCCCCCUACAGGAGAGCACAGCCCCUUGGCGACAGGCCCUAAUAACUCAGCAAUAUAAUAAUAAUGUUUGUAGUAGAAAGAUAAUGAAUCAGAUCCUUAUUCCAGUUGAAAGCUCUGACUCUUACUGGAGGUUCCAUUGAGAAGCUGAUAAUGAAGCAGGAUAGAAAAUCUCAGGGCAAAAAUGCACUUUAUCUUCUUUUUUUCAGCAAAUUUUGUGUAUAUUGUGUAUUGACCAGGAUCACACACAUGUCGCUUCAACAGCAGUAUUUGUAUCUGUAGAACCAGCGCUCUGUGUAACAGCCCAGUCUGUGUGGGUAGGAUAGGCAUGUGCAGAAUAAUUGCACUUUAACUGAUGUGUGCUGAUUAAUUGUGGCUCCGUAUGAGAAAUCCUAGAGACUUGCCCCUAAUGUGACGUUUGCCUCCUUGGCAUGGACUCCUAGGACCUUCCCCGCUCUGGCUUCAUGUUAGGAAAUUCUGACACAAAAGCAGGGCUCCGGGGUGUAGGGCAGCUUGUGGGCAGUCAGCCUGAGGGUCUGAGCUAAAGCUAAGCCUGGGGAGAGCACUUAAAGGGGUUCUUUACCCUUGAGUUAACUUUUAGUAUGAUGUAUAGUGCGAUAUUCUGAGACAAAUUGCAAUUGGUUCUCAUUUUUUAUUGUGUGUUUUUUUUUAAGUUGUUUAGCUUUUUAUUCGGCAGCUCUCAAUUCAGUUUCAGCAGUCUGAUUGCUAGGGUCCAAAUAACCCUAGCAACCAUUCAUUGAUUUGAAUAAGAGACUGGAAAAUGAAUAGUAGAGGGUCUGAACAGAAAUAUUAUUAAUAAGUAGCAGCAGCUAUACAUUUUUGCCUUACAGAGCCUUCAUUGACACCCUCUCCCCAUUUAAAAGCUGAAAAGAGUCAGAAGGAGGCAAAUAAUUCAGAAAUGAUAAAAAUGAAUAAAUUAAGACAUUAACCCCUUUAAAGACAUGAAGGUAAAAUACUGAUGUCUGUGGGCGAUUAUGGCACUAAUGGUUUCAGUCCAACCAACUGAAUCUGUACAGUUUUCCCCUUUACAUUCGUCCAAACUGGGUCUGAUCCGGCAGUUUUAGGGCUCUUACACACGGCCGUUCCGACCUACGCUCCCCUGCGUUCCGUUUUUUGGCGUUCAGCCGCAGGGGA